GAACAUGGAAGAGUCCCAGAUCAAGCACUGGCAGGUUAUUUACCCAGCCUACAUCAACAAGAAGUUGACAAUCCAGCAAGGAAGGAGAGUUGGCAAGGAAGUUGGAGUAGCAAAUCCAACUUUGCCUGAAAUAGCACAGAUAUGACAAUCUCUUGGGCUAAAAUCUUGCAUGGAACCUCACAAAGGAUACCCAAAGAACCCUUUCACUAGAGGAAGAGUUAAAGUGCUUCUAAAAGACGAUGAUGGUCAAAUGCAGCAUGAUACUAUAAUGACAAAGAAAGCUUUGCUGCUUAAACUCUGCCAGUUAUUUCCUAAACUAAAGACUAGGCAAGAGAACCCUGAUGGAGUCGAUGCUGCUCUUGAAGAAGAAAAAGCUUUAGAGGCAGCAGCUAAUGCUGAACCAGCUCCUCAGACAAGAGCUGAGAAGAAGGAACAAAAGAAAGCAGAGAAAAAGAAGAACAAAAAGAAGGGUAAGAAGAAAUGCUGUUAA